UUUUUCCCCUCCGUGCGUAAUUAGUUGACCAGUUUGGAAACUUGUGAUGUCCGGGGAGAAAUCUCACUUUAUUUCUGACACCUGUUGCUGAGGACACGGCAGCACACACAGCUGUACACAGAGACGAGCUCGGCUUCAAAGUCUUCUUCCUCUUCCUCUUCUUCUUCUUCUUCUUCUUUUUAACUCGGACAUUUGUGAAAGGACAGACACUGGGACUGUGCGCGCGCUGCGUUUACGCAUCUGUCCACUUUUGUCUUUCGGUGUAACCUCUGCGAGACUAUUCGUGAGGAGUGAGGACACAGCUGCUGCUGCUGUUGGAUGGAAACACCGACGUGUUGGUAGAUUUCCAGCCGGACAAAGAGUCACACUUUUCGGACUUGAGCGCGCCGGAUGGUGCCAGGAGGACCGUUCUCUCUUCUUCUGCAGGAACUACUGGAUUUGAGCUCAACAGACCAGAGGCAAAGAAGAGGAAAAGGCGAACAGCAAGUGGACUGCCUGAAAAGUGGGACCGAACAUCAGGAGGGUUUGCGAGGCAGGACGCCUCCUCAUUCUCGGCCCAUGACUCCACAGCGGAGCGCUUCCUCAAACACCGGCUGUGAGGCGGUGACGCAGCGGACCAUGGACUACAGGUCUGUCCGGAGAAGGCGAACCGGUGCUGUCCGACAUCUGCUGCUGGCAGCCGCCUUCCUCGCCUGCAGCUCGCAGCUGCUGCUGGUGGAUGCCAACUCAUGGUGGUCACUCGCUCUGACCCCGAUCCAGCGGCCUGAGAUGUACAUCAUCGGAGCUCAGCCUCUCUGCAGUCAGCUCUCUGGACUCUCUCAGGGCCAGAGGAAGCUUUGUCAGCUGUACCAGGACCACAUGGUCUACAUCGGCGACGGAGCCAAGACCGGAAUCAAGGAGUGCCAGUACCAGUUCAGGCAGAGGAGAUGGAACUGCAGCACCGUGGACAACACGUCCGUGUUCGGACGAGUCAUGCAGAUCGGCUCCAGAGAAACCGCCUUCACUUACGCCAUCAGCGCGGCCGGCGUGGUCAACGCCAUCAGCCGGGCGUGUCGUGAGGGCGAGCUCUCCACCUGUGGCUGCAGCCGUGCGGCGCGGCCACGUGACCUGCCCCGCGACUGGCUGUGGGGCGGCUGCGGCGACAACGUCCACUACGGCUACCGGUUUGCCCGGGAGUUCGUGGACGCCAGGGAGAGGGAGAAGAAUUACCCGCGCGGGUCCGGCGAGCACUCCCGAACUCUGAUGAACCUCCAGAACAACGAGGCAGGGAGACAGGCGGCCUAUAACCUUGCUAACGUGGCCUGCAAGUGUCACGGCGUCUCCGGCUCCUGUAGUCUGAAGACGUGUUGGCUCCAGCUGGCCGACUUCAGGCGCGUCGGCGAGUUCCUGAAGGAGAAGUACGACAGCGCCGCUGCCAUGCGCAUCGGACGCAAGAGCAAGCUGGAACUGGUCGACAAGCGCUUCAACACCCCGACCCCAGAGGACUUGGUCUACAUCGACCCCAGCCCGGACUACUGCCUCCGCAACGAGACCACGGGCUCGCUGGGCACGCAGGGACGCCUGUGCAACAAGACCUCGGAGGGCAUGGACGGCUGCGAGCUGAUGUGCUGCGGCAGAGGCUACGACCAGUUCAAGACGUACAAGCACGAGCGCUGCCACUGCAAGUUCCACUGGUGCUGCUACGUCAAGUGCAAGCGCUGCACGACGCUCGUCGACCAGUUUGUGUGUAAAUAGCGGGUCGGAGGUGACGGACGGACGGAAGGACGAGGAGGAGGAGGAGGAGAGGGGGAGGGGAGGACGGUGUGACGGGAAGGCGAUUCUUCAGGGUUUUGUACAGGAUGAGUUAAGACAAUGAGUUAGAUUUUCUGACAAAGCUGCUUUUAUGUUUGUUUUUUUUUGGUUUUUUUUACCCCCCUUCUCGCCGCCUACUUUUUCACACCGGGACGCAGAAGCCAUAGCUGAUACCUGAAGAACAACAAACCCAUAGAUCCACUUGUUUUUUCCCGUCACUCUUAUCAACGCUGUCUGCUUUUCUGUGGAACACCCUGAUCACAAUCCUGAGAGAAACAAGGACGGAAGGAAAGAGGAAAAAAAACAACCUAAUGAACAAUGAAGGAUGGACUUGCAGGUGAACGUGGAACAAACUGGACCCUAAAAAAAGGGGGCGGGACACACACACACGCGCGCACGUCUAAUUCGUGUGAGGAGAACGAGAAAAGGAAAUAAUAAAUAUAUAAUAAUUAAAUAAUAAAUAAACAUUACAACUCCAAAAUAACUGCUUUUUUUUUUUGUUAUUUAAAAGGACUCCCGCGAGCAACAGAUGCAGUUUGGACCCACGAGAACUCACGUGUUUGUGAAUGGAACCAUUUGAUUCUUUUUAGUGCUGACUGGACUGGACUGGCGUGGCGUCUGCAUGUGUGACCUUUUUGAACCCUUGACCCCACAAAUUCUCCACGUGUGUGAGUUGUGCUGACGUUGCCAAAAAGAAAAAACUCACCCACAGGAAUGAAGAGAGAAAACAGAGGAGGACUCACUUAUUUUUGAGGGUGGGGGGGGGAUAAAUGUCAAAUGUAACGGCUGAUUCUCCGGGCACGGGCGGGUUACCGAGAAUGGCAACCAUCUUGAAUGGCAACACUGUGCCGCUUUUAAACGAGCAGCUCACGUCGGCAAACCCCCGCCUCUGUGACCUUCAGCCGACAGUGAAGCGAGCGAAGACCAUUAGUGAGAUUAAUGUGCUGUAUCAGGCCGUAAUAAAGCGCACUAAGAGACACGUCCGCCGCGAGCGGGGCCGCCUCGCGUCGCGCCGUUAAUGCAACUUAUGAAGUCAACGAAAAGCCCUGUGGUGUGGAUUUUAUUUGGCUCCAGUUAAGAGAGAUUUUUAUAACACUGUUGUACCAUCAUGAAAGAAUAUUGUUUGUUUAUGACACAGUAAAAUACGUGAAGAGGACUGAGUGGGUGGGGAGAGGAUUUUGUGCAAAACAGGAAAUGACUGCAAUUGAAUAUGGGCAACUUUAAAAAAAAAAAAAAAAGAAGAAAAAAAAACUAGAUCAGAAAAGAAAGUAUAUUUUAUUAUUGUUUUUCAUUCUCUGUUUUUAAUUUUUAUACGGGAGUAUUAUGGUGUAUUCUUUUGAUAAACUAGUCUUCUACCCUGA